AUGGAUGGCUCACCACCUACAGAUUUCGUUCCACCGACGGUAUUACCCUUGACUAUAUCUCCAUUAGAUAGCUCAAUACCUUCACGUUUUUCAAAGAACACUUCAAUUGGUACACUCUUAGACGAAUACUUUCUCGAAGAGUGGACACAGACAAGUUCAUAUGAAGGAUAUUUUGCUGCAUGUGCACCAACUCAUUGUAAUUUUGAAUAUGUUACACGUAAUGAUCUCUUGUACGUGGCUACAUCAAUACUUGGUCUCUAUGGUGGUCUUACGAUUGGCUUACGAUUCAUUACCUGGAAUGCCAUAUGGCUUUAUCGAUGGAUAAAAAAGCGUAUUCGUUCUCAUCGAGUUACUGUUCAAUCAUGA